AUGCUUUCAUCUUCCGUUGCCAUUCCCUCAGGGGAAGCUGAACUUCAAUUGAGAGGUUCAGGUGCUCAUCUCAGUGCUCGGAAGCACAAGCCAUCCAAUGUACAAACAUCACAACCCUUAAGAAGUAAUCAACAAAUCUCAACAACAACCCACACGGAGGAAAAUUCAAAGGAAUACCUUCAAUCCAAGCUUGAAUCAUUCCAAUUCGGAAAAUCAUCAGGCAACACCCAGUCAUCAAAUGCAACGUCAUUGGUUGAUACUUCCCCGAUCAAGACCGUGGUUAAGCAACGAAGAGGAUCCGUAUCAGCAGUAACACCUCCAACAAUUUUUGACAUUCCAUCUAUUCAAAUAGAUACAGCAAAAUCUCCUCGAAUUGAAGAGACAGUGCUAGUGUUUGGGGAGUCUUCAGGUCCACCAACAUCAAAAUCAAUAAUCUCAAAUCAAAUGAGUUCAAUAAGUCUUCCAACCACUGCUCCAGCUUUGCCAGGCUCUGACAAUACAGAUCAAGCUGACAGCAAACGCGUGUCGUCGAGGCAUCACAACGCACAACAAAUCAACCAAAAAAAUGCUCAUUCCAAUUCUUCGACAAAUUUACUCUCGGCACAAUCAUCAACAAAAAGAAGGGAGUCUGUGUUCAAUGAACAGAAAGAAAGAGUUCAAGCUUCUCAAAAAUAUGAAUAUGUAGUACCCACACUCCUCCCACAUAAUCCACAAACAAUCAAUGACUUGUACAUUAAAACAUUACACGAGAAAAAUUAUCGGAGUAGUACUGCUGGAUCAAAUGAAUCAAAAUCACACAGUCAAAAAAGAGGAAAAUCUCGACCGCAUACUGCAACUGGAACAUUUUCUCGAAGAGGAGGUAUAAAAGAUGAAGAUGAUGAUGAAAAUGUAUUGAACUCAUCAAGAAUUCACAUCACAUCAGCAGACUUAAUUGUAGAUACAGGAAUGCCAUCAAAUUCUAAAACGAAAAAGAGAGAGAAUGUACCUGAUAGUACAACUUUAUUGGGAAUUCCAGGAAUUAUUGCUCCUCCAAAAGGAGAUGCAGGAAUUCCAUACAACUGUUACAAGAAUGCUCCAAAAUCAAAUGCAGAACAUUUAAUAUUGAGGCACUCUAGUGAGCUCUUGGCAGCGGACACUCUAUCUGGCCAAAUCACCAGUGAUUACUAUGAAAAAUUAGAACAAGAUCUAUGGAAGUUUGAACAUGUUUCACGAGGAAAGAAUCGAAAUGUCAUGAUUACUCACGGCAACACAGUCAAAUUAUUUAAUAGAGGAGAACCAGUUGAAGAAUUCUACAACAAGUACCUGCUUUAUCAGAAGGACCUCAUAGAAAAACAUGAAGAUUUUGAGUCCAUGCAACAAACAAUGAAGCGAAUACGUCUUAGAAUGAAACCAUCUGGAUCCUCUCCAGUGAAAGCAAAAGGUCAACAUUCUGAAACUAAAUCAGAGAAGAAAGUUCUAUUUAUUAAGCGUCAAUCAGAUGAAAAUGUUAAUAAGGAGCCCUUACUUUGUAAUAAUUUAUGGGAACGAAAGAAAAAGAAGAGACUUAAGCCAAUUUCACAGUUCGUUCAAGAACAAGUCGGACACCACCAAAAUAUUCUUACAAGCGAACAACAAACCAAUGCAGGUGGAACAUUUAUUACAGAGGUCAAUACUGCCACUCACAAUAGUGCAACUCAAAAUAAUACGAACAGUGCAAGUGGUAUCACAAACAAUAGUCCUUCAACACCGUUACGAACCAAUUCAUCACAAUGUCUUCAUCUAAACAUCAACUCACCUGCAGGAAAGACUUCGUCGUUUAGAGGAAGUUUUUUUUCAAAUCAAUCAAAUUCUCAGCAAAACGUACCACUUAGUGCAAGAAGCGUCACAUCUAGUAUUGGUACAAACGGGACUGGUACGGGCUAUGAUUUAUUUAUUACUGACGAGCAAGCUGAUUAUGCAGAACGUAAUAAGAAAGCCAAAGUUGGUCUCAUUGAAACCAUUAAACGAGCGAGUGGUUGUCAAGAAAAAACCAAAGGUACUUAUAUUACGGGGGUUAAUCAUUCUGCACAAAGUGGAAUUGGAGGCAUUGUAGCAAGAUUUCCAGCUGAGGAGUUAGGAGUAAGCGAUGAAAGAUUGAAACGCAUCAAAGCAAAAGAAAUGCCUCUCGACAACACAGGAUCAUAUCACACAAUUAUUGAUGUGGAAGAGGCAGACUUUGAUUAUGCUCCAGAGGACCUAGAAAAGGUAUUUCCUCCCAUCAAAAUUGCAACAUUUUCCACAAAUACCACAGCCCCAAAUCCAGGUCUUGCUAGUGGCAAUUCAUCAUCAAAUUCCAGUACAUCUUCUUUACACGCUCUUGUUAACAACCCUUCCAAUGCAAAUAUCACAAAUACCAGUGCACAUUCUGCAAGUUUCAGAGAUAAUUCAUAUACAUCAUACUCAAAUCCAUAUGGGUCUAAUAUUGAUUAUAUUAUUGAAAAUAUUAGAGCAAAAAUUCAGUACAAAAAUAUUUCGAAUAUUAAUGUGGAUGAGCUUAACACUGAAACGUUACGAAAUCAAAUUGUGGAUGAACAACAUGAACAAAUGUUAGAUGAGAAACUUCAACAAUAUGAUACCGAUUUUAAAGUAAUUAUUGGAGAUGUUCAUAAAAUCACUCAACAAGUGGCUCCUAAUUUUGAAACUGCCAACUCUGAAAACUCUCCCUAUUCAUCAUCAUACUCUAUUAAGAAACAAGUGGUGGAAAUUAAUGGAGAAACCUUCUACAAGACAAAAGAUUUGAGUCCACGAAAAAGCGACUCUUCAUCCAAUCUCAACGUAAAGAAAAAGAGGGAAUUGAAGAAACCAAAAAUUCGAAAUGUUCCUAGUGGAACCUGGAGGAAUUCGUUCAUUUCAUGCCAGACCAAACAACAAUACGAACUUUUAGUCAAGCUUGAUGAUCGCUCAGAGAAUAGAAACGUGGUAGCUGAAUCUAAUGAGCAUUUAUCACGAGUGAGUAAGAAGGUUAUGCAUGGCGCUGAGCGAAUGGCUCUCUAUGGUGUAACUGGAAAUAAGAAAUUUCACUCUAAUGACUCACUGUGGGACAAAGCAAAGAAGAGGCUGGACAUUCAAACUACCAAAUUUUAUCAAUCUGUACUUUUCUACAAGAGGUUACUCGUCUUUUUAGAAGUUAUACAAGCACCUUCACAAUCAAAUCGAUUAUUACUAAGUUUUUUGAAUAGAAUCCGUACCAAGCUCAUCAAUAAUCCUACAUGCAAACAAAGUAAGGAGAAUUUUUUCUUUUCCAUCAUGAAUCAAGUGGUGGAAGAGGCUCGAACCAUGAGCGUCAAUAACAUGACUCUUGAAAAAUCUGAAGUAGAAGAAACACCUUUAGAUUUAUUCUUUUCCAAUCGUGAAACCAUUAAGGUCAUUCAAUUCUUUAAUGCUGAAUAUGGAAUUACUCAUGACGAUCUUUUCAAUUAUUUGAAUCGACUAUUUAUCAAACAGAACAAACUUUUACUUGAAUUGAAGGUAAAAAUGAAACAAAAAGAAGAACAAGAAAAGUAA